AUGGCCCUCAAAUUGGUAGCAGCGACCAUUCUCCUCCUCCUCACCCUCUAUCCCUCCUCCCCACAAGCCCAAUGGCUCCCCCGCCGCUCCCCCUCGCUCCCGGAUACCCCGAGGCCGCUCUGCGUCUCCCAGAUCGCAUUGGUGAACCGUGCGUGCGGACAGCUUCCUUACGCACGGCUCCCUACACCGUCUGGGGAGGCAGAGAGCAACCAACACCACCACCACCACCACCACGAGCGGGAGGAAGGGCACGUGGAGACGCAAAAGGAGGAGGAGUGCUGCAGGUGGCUCAAGGAGGUGGACAAUGUUUGUGUGUGUGAUAUGUUGGUGCAUCUGCCGCCGUUUCUGACGAGGCCCGUGCACGAGUACAAGGUGGUCGUUGACGACGGCUGCGAGGUCAGCUUCGGCUGCGCCUCCAGGCUGGUUGGUUAG